AUGACGCAGACCAAAACGACAUUACACGAGAGCCAGCUCAACCACAAAGCAGUGUUGCUGCUCAAAAAUGCUCUGAAAAACUUUGACGACUUUUACGGGGCCGGCUCAAUAAGCUGUGCCAUCUACGAUACCGCUUGGGUGUUUUUGGUACCCAAGGAAGCCGCUGGAGAGAGGCGAUGGCUCUUCCCAGAGAGUUUCCGAGUCCUCCUUGAAGAGCAGGAUACCGACGGAAGCUGGGACUCUGCAGGCUCCCAAAUCGAUGGCAUAUUAAGCACAGCGGCCGGUCUGCUCAGUCUCAUACGCCAUGCAAAGGAGCCACUCCAGAUCGCCAUCUCCGGAGAGGACUUGCAGCGGCGAAUCGAGCGCGCCACAACGUCCCUGAAACGCCAGCUAGAUGCUUGGGACGUAUCUCUAACUCUGCACGUGGGCUAUGAGAUUAUCCUACCAUCGAUGCUCAAGUUGAUAAGGAGCGAAGUCCGCGCAUCGCUCGUCGAGGGCAGCCUCUUCUUGCCUCUGCUCAAGGCGUGUUACUUGGACAUAUUCCCCCGCCGGGACAUGGCCGAGGGCAAAUUAUACCUUUUACAUGGACUGGUUGCAAACAACCGCAUAUCCACCUUUGCCUCGGCUGCCUUCCUGUACGACAUGAUGCGGAUUGCCAUCCUCGACCACCAAGCCGACGAGUUCAUGGAGGCUGUGGCUGGAUCCCGGUUCGCGAAUGACUUGCCCAGGCUUGUUCAGGUCAUUGACGAUCUUUUCGGCGAACCACAGCACGUAAACGGGAUCAAGGCCGCGAGUGAGACGACCGAACGGCGCAGCCAGGCCCCAUUCACACCGACGGGCUCGCCACGCAUCAACAAGAGCCUGCGAAGCACGUCGAGGCCCGAGAGUGCAUGGGCCGCUUCGUCAAACACGUCAUGGAGCACCCGUCGGAUCGUGCGGCGAGCCCGGCAGACAAGGAGAACCAGCACCGCGAGUUCCGGCAGUGCUUCGUCGCCCAGGGCCAGCAGCAGCGGUACCUCAACCCACGGACGUCCUUUCUCCAAAUGGCUCAAGGAGACGGCGGCGCGGCACGUCGCCUGCCCCUUCACCUUUGUCUGGGCGCUGUGCGUGGUGCCGUACGUGUACUACGCCGCCGACACGUGCCUGCACCUGGCGUCCAUGUGUCGCAUGUACAACGACCACGGGUCGGCCGCGCGCGACGGCCUGGAGAAGAACGUCAGCUCGCUGCACUUUCCCGAGUUUACGCAGACGCAGGGCGGCGCGCGGCCCAGCGAGGCGCUGUUCCGCCUGGCCGAGUACGAGAGGAGCUGCUGGCGGACGGCGCUCGCUCGCCUGGAGGAGGCGUCUGCUCGAGAGCCCGACGCCUCCCUAAAGAGGACCAAGGAGCGGAGGAUGGCUGUCUUGCGUACGUUCAUGGACACUGUGGAUCUUUAUGGGCAGAUCUAUGUUGUCAAGGAUAUUGCGAGCCGUAUGGUUCCUGUUCGGCCUCUAAAGUAG